AUGAUGGGUUACGCGUAUCUCCCACAGACAGAUACAGGCUUGCACAUGCGACAACGAGCCCGUGCUUGGGUAAUUGCAGAUCAAUCCAGCCCAUCUGACCGCUUCGUUUAUAUCAACGCUGACAUUGCGAUGGGUGAUACAGGCAUUCGGAGGUCCGUCGUCAAACAGCUGUCCGAGAUGUACCCGGGCUUGUACAACAAUGAGAAUAUUGCACUGGGAUCGACUCAUCAGCAUAGCGGCGUCGGCGGAUACCUCGAGAACCUAUUACCCCAGAUUACAUCUAAGGGGUAUGUCAAGGAGACGGCAGACGCUAUUGUGACUGGAACCGUGCUUGCGGUUAAGCGCGCUCAUGAAAGCCUGCAACCUGGACAGCUUGCACUCGGAAAUACGACUGUGCUGGGAGCCAAUAUCAACCGUUCCCCGAGCGCGUACUUGGCAAACCCUGCGGAGGAGCGAGCUAGGUACAAAUAUGACCAGGACAAAGAGCUCACACUUCUACGAUUUGACGACACCAACGGCAAUCCCCGGGGAUUUCUAAGCUUCUUCCCUGUACAUGGGACAAGCCUUUACGAGAAUAAUACCCUUGUCAGCGGUGACAAUAAGGGCAUGGCUGCCUACCUGUAUGAAGCUAUGAUGGAACCACAUGCAAUGCCCGGAAAUAAUACUUUCGUGGCCGGUUUCACCCAAGCGAACGUAGGUGAUACGAGUCCAAACACUGAGGGUGCUUUCUGCGAAAGCCCCGGCCAGCCAUGGGAUGGCAUGCCCUGUCAAUUUGAUCAUUCGACGUGUGGUAACAAGACGGAAGAUUGCCAUGGACGCGGGCCUGGGUUCCGGAUCUCGGAUUUCGAAUCCAACAAGAUAAUCGCCCAGCGACAGGUCGAUGGUGCCAAGAAACUGAUGAGCAGAAACCUACGUCCUGUCUCUGGUUCUGUGGCAUACGUGCACACAUAUUUGGACAUGCGCUAUCACUCAUUUCAGUUACCGAAUGGCACCACAGUCCAGACUUGUCCUCCGGCAAUGGGUUACUCCUUCGCUGGUGGAACGACCGAUGGACCCGGGGCCUUCGAUUUUAUCCAAGGAGACAAUUCAUCCGACCCUCAGAAUCCGUUCUGGCAGAUCGUCAAAGGUGCUAUAACCCCAUACCCACUAACUGAACAGAUAACGUGCCAGUUUCCAAAGCCUAUCCUUUUGAACACUGGAUACGCAGAACUGCCGUACCCGUGGUCACCCCACACCGUCGAUAUCCAGCUCCUCCGCGCCGGCAACCUCGUCAUCGCUGUGAUUCCGGGAGAAUUGACUACCAUGUCUGGGCGUCGUCUCCGUGAGGCGGUCCGUGACCGGUUGAUCUCUUCGGGUAUCCUGGGCAACGAUGCUUACGUCGUUAUCGCCGGUCCUGCAAAUACAUACGGGCACUACGUCGCGACCAAGGAGGAGUACGCUAUGCAACGCUAUGAGGGAGCAUCUACCAUCUUUGGUCAAUACACCCUGGAUGCGUACAUCGACAAGUAUACUGAUCUCGUCCGGUUCCUCGAUCCUGACGUUGUUGGCACUCCCGAGUCUGACGACGCCCCGAAGGACCUGACCGGCGAAGGGAUUACUUUUCGGAUCGGAGUUGUUGUUGAUCACGCCCCGUUGGGCAAGCAGUUUGGCGACGUCUUGACAGAUGUGCUCACGAAUGUACCGUAUCAUGCCGGCGAUACUGUGUCCGCUCGUUUCAACAAUUUUAGGCUGGAAGAAACGUUCCUCACCGUAGACCAGCUUAUGAACGGGCAGUGGGCUCCCGUGAGAUCGGAUUCGCACCCUUCAACACUGUACCAGUGGCUUAGGACUAGCUCAAUUUUCGGGGAGAGCGCGGUCAAUAUAUCCUGGACAAUCGAAGAUAUGACUGCUUCCGGGACAUACCGUUUGACCUACUUUGGCGACUCCAAAUCGCUUGGAGGCUCUAUCACACCCUUCAUCGGCCACUCGUCGAGCUUCACUGUCUCAUGA